GAAGAUGUUUCUCAAAAAGGGAUCCACAAUUGUGGUUCUUUUGUUGGUUUUUUACCAAAAUACCAAUUCACAAUCGGUAGAUGUUAGUAAAAGAGUUGAUUGUUAUCCAGAGCCUGGAGCAUCUCAAGAUGCAUGUCAAUCAAGAGGAUGUAUUUGGACAGAGGCACCGAGUAGUUCCCCAGUUGGAACACCAUGGUGCUAUUACCCAACAGAAUCCGGAUUCACAGUACAAUCAACUGGAACUAAUUCUUUUGUGUUGGCUGCCAAGACAAAAAACCCGUAUGGAAACAAUAUAUCUCCUCUAAAUGUAAAGUAUUCAUCAAAUGGAGCAACUCUUCUGCUUACAAUUGGAAAUGAUGAUCGAUAUGUUCCACCUGUGAAUUUCCCAAAGAAACCAUCAACAUCUACGGAAUCUCUGAAGUUUACAUCUGGAACUAUUGGAUCUUCUGAUGUUUUUAGUUUCAAAGUUACUCGUGCUAGUACUGGAGUUGCUCUUUGGGAUACUAGCAUUGGUGGCAUGCAAUUUGCUGAUAAGUUCAUUCAAAUUGCAACCUAUCUUCCAUCAAAGAACAUUUAUGGAUUUGGAGAUCACAUCCAUAAGAAGAUUCGUCAUAAUCUUGAUCGUUACACAACAUGGCCAAUGUUUGCCCGUGACAUUGGACCAGACUCUGGAUCAGCUCUUUCCACACAAAAUCUAUAUGGUGUUCACCCAUUCUACAUGUGCAUCGAAGCUGAUGGAAAAGCUCAUGGUGUAUUUAUUCUGAACUCGAAUGCCCAGGAAGUUGAAACUGGUCCAGGACCACAUUUGUUGUACAGAACGAUCGGAGGACGAAUUGACAUGGCAUUCUUCCCUGGACCAACACCGGAACAAGUUGUAAAUCAGUAUCUUCAACACAUUGGAUUCCCAUUCCUUCCAGCUUACUGGGCACUUGGAUAUCAACUGUGCCGUUGGGGAUACGGUAAUUUAGAUGCAAUGAAGACAGUGAUUAGUAGAAAUCAAGCAUUGGGAAUUCCUUUGGAUGUACCAUAUGCAGAUAUUGAUUACAUGAAUCAUUAUGAAGAUUUUACCGAGGGUGAUAAUUGGUCUGGAUUUCCGGCUUACACGCAGCAGAUUCAUGCUCAAGGACUUCAUCUUAUUGUUAUUUUCGACCCAGCAGUGGAGGUUGAUUAUGCUUCAUUCCAAAGAGGUAUUAAUGCUGAUGCUUCCUUCAUUGAAUGGGCUCGUGAUGAUCAGGUUCCUCAUAACAUUCAAGAUCAAUACCCAAUGGCAAAGAAUACUAAAAUCAUGUUGGGAAAUGUCUGGCCAGACAGAAACACUGCCUUCCCAGAUUUCUUGGAUCCUAGAAACAAUACAAAUGCUUGGUGGGCUGGAGAAUUUGCACAGUUCCAUAAAACCCUACCCUUCGAUGGAAUGUGGAUUGAUAUGAACGAGCCAUCAAACUUCGAUACAGGGACUUAUAACACUGUUGAAGAGCAACUUGCAAGUGCUAAACUUUCAUGUCCAAUCACUGGAUCAGACUCAUCAUUAGAUGUUCCACCGUAUCCAACACAAGCGGUAUAUCAACGAAAUGGAGAAUAUUUGUUCUCGAAAACUCUGUGCAUGCUUGGAAAGACCGCUCAUCGUACACGAGACUUCUAUGAUACCAAAAACUUGUAUGGAUGGAGUGAGGCACGUGCUACUUAUCAGGCUAUUCCACAGGUGACCGGAAAACGAUCCGCUGUAAUCUCCAGAAGUACUUUCCCAUCAUCCGGAAGAUAUGGAGGACAUUGGCUGGGAGAUAAUACUGCCAGAUGGGGAGAUUUACAAACUAGUGUCAUUGGUGUUAUGGAAUUCAAUAUGUUCGGUGUUCCAUAUGUUGGAUCCGAUAUUUGUGGAUUUAAUGGAGUAUCCAAUGAGGAAUUGUGUUUGAGAUGGCAUCAGUUUGGAGCUUUCUCACCUUUUUCUAGAGAUCACAAUUCUGAAGGAAUGCCUGAUCAAGAUCCAGCAGUUUGGCCAUCAGUUGCCAAUGCAGCCAAGAUUGCACUCACUUUUAGAUAUUACUUUCUUCCAUUCUUAUACAGUCUCCAUUAUAACGCUGCUCGUUACGGUCACACAGUCAUUCGUCCAUUAUUCUUUGAAUUCCCAAAAGAUGAGGAAACUUUGAACAUCAGUGAACAGUUCCUAUGGGGAUCUGCUCUUAUGAUUGCACCGGCAUUGUAUCAGGGACAAACAAGUGUUCAUGCGUAUUUCCCAUCUGACACAUGGUACUCUCUUCAACCAGAGACUUACGGACAAAAAAUGUUCUCUGGAUUCAAUGACGUCAAUGCUCCAUUGUCAUCAUUGACACCUGUAUUCGUGAGGGGUGGAUUUGUUUUGCCACGUCAAUCACCUGGAACUACUACAACAGCUUCAAGAUUGAGCCCAUUCGAAUUGCUGAUUACGGUCAAGACGAAUGCAGCUUCUUCUGGAGAUCUUUACUAUGAUGGAGGAGAUGACCUGAUUCCAAAUGAUGAUAUUGAGCAGCAUCCAAGAGUUCAUUGGCAAUUCUCAUUUACUUCAUCUAUUGCUGGAGGUGUUUUGACUGGAAACUGUGAGACUUGUAGUACUGCCGUUCGCCCGCCAACCCUUGAUAUCAUCGAAAUCCUUGGUUACCCGUCUUCGCCAAACUUUAAUGGGUUCAAACUUGAUGGAUCUUCUGUGACACUUGACAUGACCAAGACUUCAUAUAACUCUGCAAACCAAAGAGUUAUGAUUUCCGCUAGGAAUAUGAUUAGCUUGAUGGCACUCAAGAAGAAGUUCACUUUGAGUUUCACCAAUUUAAAUGUGUAUUUGUAAUGCUAUAAUAAAAUGUUUAUUUCU